AUGCCCAGAGUCGCUUUUGACUUCUAUACGGACGCUGAUGGGCGGACGCCCUUUUUCAACUGGUUUCCACCAUACACACACAUCUAUACUGGCAAAGCGUCUUCGACUUCCCUUCAAUUCGCGUUGGAGGCUUUGCAAAAAUGCACCGCUUGUCACCAAUGCUUUGUACCUCACGAGAAACGUUUGCCGAAACGUCUGAUUAAUAUUGAAAUACCAGGGCUUAAAUCUGAUGGGGUCCGGGUGAUCGAUACCACGGCAGCCUUGCUUCCGCCGUCGACUCAUUAUGCCGCUCUGAGCUAUUGUUGGGGCCCCGAGAGCACGAUCCGAUCUCAGAUGGUUUGCAUGACGAAAGAAAACCUUGCUGAUAUGGCAGCUGGCACUGAUUUGUCUCGGCUGCCUGCUGUCUUUAAGGAUGCUGUCUUGACAUCUCGGAUUCUCGGAUUACGGUAUUUGUGGAUAGAUGCUCUCUGUAUUGCGCAGGGCGACCGACAAGAGUGGUUGGAAGAGAGUGUGAAGAUGGCGGAGGUGUACUCUUGUGCUUUUGUGACAAUUGCUGCCUCAGCGUCGGCCUCUUGCCACGAAUCGUUUCUCAACGUCAAUCACCUUAGGAGCUUUCGGGAAGCGGUCGAAGCGCCCGGUUCCGAGGCACUCAGCUUAGGAGUCAAGGUGUAUGUGAGAUUGUCCACCUCGAAUCUCUAUGGCGAAGCAACAUUGCCUGGUCUGCCGAGUCUAACCACUAUGAUAGACCAUCGAGCUUGGUGCUAUCAAGAAAUGGUGUUGAGUCCUCGGAUUCUCCAUUUCACGCACACUCAAGUUGUACUAUCAUGCUUAGAGGGUGUCGAAAGCGAAGAUAGUGACAGAAUUAACGACCAAUAUUUGACAAACCUACAACCCCGUGUUUAUCAAUGGCGUACCAAGAUACUGUCGAAAACGCUACUUACGUCGCAAGAAGCUUCGUUAGUCUGGAAAGAUGUGUUAGAGUCCUAUAUUGACAGCAGGAUCGCCUCGGCAGAAGACCGACUGACGGCUGUCGCUGGAGUUGCGUCUCAGCUCCAUGCCCACAUGCAACCGGGGAACACUUAUCUAGCCGGUCUGUGGAAGGAUACAUUCGUGCAAGAACUGUUGUGGUCAGUCAAUUAUUGGCCGUCUGGCGGCCACAGACGACAAAAAGCGCCAACGUGGUCAUGGGCAUCUCUUUCUGUCGGAUCAUCUGAAAAAGGGUCGUCGUUUCUGAGAUUUUAUCGCCCUGAGGACAGCGGUGAGGUGACGUUGCACACCAGGCUGGUCCGUGCAGAAAUGAAGGAGGAAGGCGGGGGCACAUUCGGCCAGGUAAAGCACGGCACAGUCGUGCUGGAAGGCGUUGACGAGAAAGAAGCGACUACUAGGUCAAAUAUUGCCUGGGAGGCCGUUGAUCUCCUGCUUUUACGCACCCACACUACUCAAUCUGCCAUCAAAGCAGAUUUCUUGGUAUUGGGACCAGCAGGGGAAACCGGGGAGCAAUACCAAAGACUAGGUAUAUGCAAGGUCAAGAAGGACUUUCUUAUACUAAACCAAAUGGCGCUGCACACAUUAUAG